AUGAAACUUCGUGCUGCGGCGGUCAAGUAUGGGUCCACACGUGCCAACGCGAGGAUUGGGAUAAGGCUUGUAGGAGAAACGGGUUUCCUUGGCACGUGGCCCACACCGCCGCCUGCAUCUUUAUCCGCUCCUCCGACCGCCCUCCGCAGCAGCGAUGGUACCGAACAAAACCGCCGCUUUCGGGAUUUCCACUCCUAUGUGAAAGGCGAUCUUCCCCGCCGGUUGCUGAUUGUUCAUGGCGGAGGGUCCCUUCUCUGGGAUCCUCGAUCUCUUCCUUCUCUCCUCUGCGUGUCUCGAGUUCUGGCCUCUCGACCCGCCGCAGCCCACACUUCGCCGCUCGCUCGCUCCCACGACUCACAGAUCGAGGAUCUCCUCUCAUUACCUGUCGAGGUUAUCUCCGGAUUGUUUUCUGCUUCCGAGUGUUCCGACGGCAGCGCCGUCUUCAAGUAUGGUGAUGCUAACGAGGUGAAGCGAGAGGAGGUCGCUGUUUCUGAGAGAUCUGUAUCUGAUAGGGUUGAGGAAAUAUUGGAGAAAAUGGAAUCAGAAGAAUCCAAGCCGAGUAGUUUCUAUGAGGUGAAGCAGGAAACAAGGAAAAUAUCCGGUCUUCAGCGGGCGCAGGUUUUGGAUACGGUGGCGUUGGGUGAAGUAAGAGAUGAAGGGUUGGAAAUGGUUGAUGCGAUUGCAAAAACUGAAGUUAGAAUCUGUGUGGAGAAGACGACAGUGGUCGGAGAAGCAAAGGUUACCUUCUUGGAGAAGAAGAUGCAAAAUAGUAACGGAGACAUUGAAGCAUCCAGGACAGCUGCAGAACCAGACGAAGAAAGUUGUGAUGAAUCUUUGAUUGAAGGUCAGGAAAUAAUAGCAAACUCUCCAGACUUUAGUAGAAAUAUCGAUGAAGAGUUGAGCCAUGACUUCGGACAAGACGAUGCUUCGGGGAAACUAAAGGUACUGCAAACUACUGAUUUGGAAAUUUUUGCUUCGCAGGGAAAUCAGUUGGUUGAGUCGUCAUAUGGAAGUUAUGAUUUGGCUGUUCUGUUGUUGGAAGAUCGAGCCUCACGAAUAAAUGGCAACAAAACAGAGCUGAAGUUUUUUGGUGAAAGUGAAACUCCACAGUUCGGUUCUGUUCCGGAUGAAUCGAAGGAUGACCCUGUUGUUGUAACUGCUCUAGGAGAACCACUGGAACCUAGAGAAGAGACAAUUUUUGACAAGGAUGCGAAGUUUGGAGAAAGCUCCCCCAAUGGAAUAACCUCUGAAGCAAUUCAAGAUUUUUGCCAACUAAGUAGUCAAGAUGUGGAUUGCGAAACAAAAGAUCAUUCUAGUGGUAGAAUGCUUCAACAUACUGGUGGUACGAAGGUUCUAGAAAAACCAGAUCAUCAGAAAGUUGAGCAUUUCGAAGCUCAAAUUAAACACAUUGAUGAUUCACAAGCUUCUUGUAAAUCUGAGGACAUCGCAGAUGUGGCUUUGGAAGAAAUUCCUUCCUGGGAAGAUGAUUCAGUGGACAGUGAUAGCAGUGGAAGUAUAAUUGAAGAUGGAGCUACCGAAGAUGGAAAACACCAGGAGAGUAGUGCAGAUGAAAGUCCAGAUAGUGCGAACCUGACACCAACAGAUUUCCUUUUCUUGUCUUCUGGAGCUGCAAUCAUACCCCAUCCUUCAAAGGCAUCGACUGGUGGUGAAGAUGCUUACUUUAUCUCAUUAGAUAAUUGGUUUGGUGUAGCUGAUGGUGUAGGCCAAUGGUCCCUAGAAGGAAUCAAUGCUGGGCUAUAUGCCAGAGAACUGAUGGAGAAUUGUCAGAGAUUUGUCUCUAAAUAUGAAGGAUGUAAUCCAAAUGAAAUUCUAGUCAAAAGUGCUGCUGAAGCGAGUUCUCCAGGCUCCUCAACAGUUUUGGUUGGUUAUUUUGAUGGACAGGUUCUUCAUGUUGCCAACAUUGGAGAUUCUGGAUUCAUUUUGAUAAGAAAUGACACUGUUUUCAGAAAAUCCACUCCAAUGGUUUAUGGUUUCAACUUCCCUUUGCAGAUUGAGAGGGGAGAAGAUCCUUCAAAGUACAUCGAGACCUACAAAAUUGGCUUGUGUGAAGGCGACGUUAUUGUGACCGCAACCGAUGGCCUAUUCGACAAUCUAUAUGAGCAAGAAAUAGUAGCCAUUGUGUCCAAAUCUCUGCAAGCAAGUCUGAAGCCAAGGGAGAUUGCAGAAUACCUGGCGACGAGGGCACAGGAAGUAGGGAUAUCAGCAUCGGCCAGGAGUCCAUUUGCAGAUGCAGCUCUUGUAUCUGGAUAUCCUACGUUCACAGGAGGCAAACUUGAUGAUGUAACUGUCAUAGUUUCCAUUGUUCAGAGAACCAACUGAUUCAAGUCAGUCAUCUUUGAGAGUCCCCAUUUCUGUAAUACUCAGCCUAUCCAGAGAAGAGAUUGACUCCUAUGUAAUUAUGAAUUUUGAGCUGGUGUAGUAUCAUCUAUUGGUUCGAGUUGUGAAAAUGAGCUUUCUUAUGUAAUUAUGAAUUUUGAGUUGGUGCAAGAACUGACUAAUAUUCUUUGUCUCGUGCGUCUGUUGUACUUGAUUAUUGAAAAAUAAUGUAUGGAUGCAUUCAAAGAUGAGUGGUUUUGAUGUAAUGAUAAAAUUAUUAUUAUAUGAUUUGGAGAUAAAGUGUUCGAGUUGUGGAAAUAA